AUGGGACGCCGGAGGACCCAGCGAGCAUGCGCGACCAUCCCGAGCAUGCUCAGUAGCGCGCGCGGCGCCCCGGAGCUUCGCCCCCCAGCUGCGGCCGACGCGGAGGUUUCCGCGGCUUCUGCGGCAGCGACGGGAAGUGAGGCGGCUGGGCCGGGCGACCGCGGCCGCAGAAACAGAGGCGGAAGAGUUGCUGAGGCGACGACGUCGUUGAAGGGGGUGGCCGAGGGGGCUGAGUGCCGAGGGGACUCACCCACUCGGAAGCCGGACCCCGAGCCGGGCAGGAUGGAUCACCACCAGGCGGGGACUGGCCGCUACCAGGUGCUUCACAAUGAAGAGGAUAAUUCAGAAUCGUCUGCUGUAGAGCAGCCAUCUACUUCAAACUCAGCACCACACACCGUGCAGGCUGCUUCUUCAGCAUCUGGACAUGAGACUGACUCUUCUCCUCCUCCUUACAGUAGUAUUACCGUGGAAGUACCUACAACUUCAGAUACAGAAGUUUACAGUGAAUUUUAUCCUGUGCCGCCUCCUUACAGUGUUGCUACCUCUCUUCCCACCUACGAUGAAGCUGAAAAGGCCAAAGCUGCUGCAAUGGCAGCUGCAGCAGCAGAAACAUCUCAAAGAAUUCAAGAGGAAGAGUGUCCACCAAGAGAUGACUUCAGUGACGCAGACCAGCUCAGAGUGGGUAAUGAUGGGAUCUUCAUGCUGGCAUUUUUCAUGGCAUUUAUUUUCAACUGGCUUGGAUUUUGUUUAUCCUUCUGUAUCACCAACACCAUCGCUGGAAGGUAUGGUGCAAUCUGUGGAUUUGGCCUUUCAUUGAUCAAAUGGAUCCUUAUUGUCAGGUUUUCUGAUUAUUUUACUGGCUAUUUCAAUGGACAAUACUGGCUUUGGUGGAUAUUUCUUGUACUUGGCCUGCUUCUUUUCUUCAGAGGAUUUGUUAAUUAUCUAAAAGUCAGAAACAUGUCUGAAAGUAUGGCAGCUGCUCUUAGAACAAGGUAUUUCUUCUUAUUAUAGAGACUGCAUCGACCAGACAUUCCUUUCUUACAUCAAGGUGAAAUUUCCAGAUCAUCUGUAAACCUGCAACUUUAAUGGGAUAGAAGACUAUUAAACACAGAAGACAAAUUUGUGAAGAAAAGAUAAGAGUUUCAGAAUUGAAUGGCAGAGUGGUUUAUGCUUAAAAGCCAUUUCUGUUCAUUCUUUUAAAUAUUUAUGUUUCAUUGGUUUUGCAUAGUUGCAUAUGUCCCCAUUUAAAAGAGUUGAAUAUACCUGAAAGAAACCAUGCAGUUGUCGCAGUCAAGUCCAGUCACAUUUGAUAAAUCAGUGUUUGAUAUAAUUGAAGGAGUUGAGUGAUAAACAGUCUUCCAGCAUGUAAAUGCCAUUGACUUCUGACCUGACAUUUAGUAUAAUAAAAAUGAAAUUACUAACCAUGUCAAAUGCUUUAGUUUCUGGCUCUCAGAUUUAUCUAGUAACUCUACACAGGAAACAUUCUUUGUUAUAUAUAAAGUUUUUUUGAAACCUGCAGUGCUGAUUAUUAGAAAGGAUUUGUCAGACUUUUGAACAUGAUAGUUACAUCAUUGUUUAGUAAAACUUUCUGUAAAUAACCAUGCAAACCAUGCAUAAAUUACUUUCUGCAUUGUUUUCUUAGAAAUUGUAUCUAGGUAUCUUUUCCUUAAUUUAAGUGGACUUAAUAUAUUUAGAAAAUUUGGAUGUUAAAAAGAUAGUUUUAGGACAAAUUUUUGAAAACGUGGGUAUGCCACAUUUCCUUUAUAAGAAAAUCUUUUUUUCUUUUUUUUAAAAGGACAUGCCAACUUUGGGGAUUCUCAAAUGAGAAGCUUGGUUUUUAGCAUUGUCCAUCUUAUAGAUUCUUAGAGGAAGAGAUUGUAUUAGAUAGUAUAUUUAUUUCAUUUAAGACUUUUUGAAAAUUAAUUUUCUGAAUAAGAUAUUCUCAUUUGCAUUUUGUCUUUUAAAAAACCAAUAAAAAUAUCUUUCAGUA